AUGGCGAAGACAAGAGGAGGAGGUCAAGUUGGUCCUCGUCGUAGUAGACGUAAUCAAGGCUUGGAGGUAGAAGAGAUAACAGGACAAGUUGCUCCAACAGAAACACUAAAGGUGAAUAAGAAAAGAAAAGCAAAGAAAGUGGCUAAGAGAAGCAUGAAAGAAGCUGCUCAAGAUGAUGAGGUAGAAGAUGUUACACCGCAAGCAAUGUCUGAAGAUGAGAAAGAAGAUUCUGAGAAGGGUAAUGACAAAGAUUUAACACCGGAUGCUGAUCAGACUGAGAAAGCAAUGUCUGAUGAUGAGAAAGAAGAUUCUGAGAAGGAGGAGAUAGAAGAUUGUGAGAAGGGUUUAGAGAAAGAUGUAACACCGGAGGCUGAUCAGAUUGAGAAAGCAAUGUCUGAAGAUGAGAAAAAAGAUUCUGAGAUAGAAGCAGAAGCUUGUUUGACUGGACAUGAACAACAGGAGGAUUAA